GAAGUAAGGUGAAUCACUUCUAUACUAAUCCGGAAAAGCGGGCACAACAUCGUGCCACCACAACUUCUCAUUAGCAUUAUUGCUGUUACUCCUCGUUGUAUUGCAUUGUAUUCUUUUAUUCAACCCUUAUCUAGAUUCUUGUUUCCUCGAUUGCCCUCUUCACUGUUAUUCCCUGUGCUCUUCCUUCUGUACUCCCAAAUUCAAGAAUUCGAACUGCAGCGAAAAUGGCGGAUCAGCCGCCCCCGGGCGUGAAUAUGCCGAAGAAACGCGACCCGCGCCUUCGCCAAAUGCAGGCACCGCAGCAGCAACAGUUUUUUGACUCCGCAGACUACGAAGUGCGGAAGCAGCAGCAGCAGCAACAGCAGCAACAGCAGUAUCCCACUCACGGGCAGAUGGCGCCCAACGGUGGGCAGCGCCACCCAGGAAUGGAGGGCAACGCACGCCCCGGCUACGGUGGCAUCCCACCAGCGCCUCAGCAGUAUCAGCAGCGGCAGUUUCACGUGCAGCAGGCACCGCCGUCCGCACAGCAGAACCCUGCAAUGGCUCCCCCCAAUCGCCGACCUCCUGCUUUUUAA